AUGAUGGCAUCAGACAACGUUUCACCAGACGAAGCGAGGGCAAAAUUUGCCGCUUCGCUUUCGCAGAUGUACCGAAAGGAAAUCCCCCAAUAUGGUACGCUUCUAGAGCUGGUGUCCAAGAUCAAUGAGAAAGUGAACAAGGAGGCUCCCCACCAUGAUACUCUGAAACGAGUCGAGGUCGAACGUCAUGGUGCCAUCAGACUGGGAACACCCGAGGAGUUGGCCAUGAUGCGGCGGCUUUUUCGCCUCCUGGGAAUGGAGCCAGUUGGAUACUAUGACUUGACCGUCGCCGGUCUCCCCGUCCACGCGACCGGAUUCAGACCUCUCAAUGAAGCCUCCCUCCUCUACAAUCCUUUUCGUGUGUUCACUUCGUUGCUCCGUCUGGAUUUGAUCAAAGAUGACGCUCUCCGCAAUCAAGUGAAGAAAAUACUCAGCCUGCGAAGUAUAUUUACCUCACGCUGUGUUGAGCUUAUUGAGCAACUUGAAAAAAGCCCAGACUACCCUCGACCAACUGUCGAUGAACUCAUUCAGGAAGCAUUGAAUACUUUUCGCUGGCAUGAGACGUCCACUGUGGACAUUGGAACCUACAAAGAGCUCGAGGCAAGCCACCCUCUAAUCGCAGAUGUCGUCUGCUUCCGAGGUCCACACAUCAACCAUCUCACCCCUCGUGUUCUCAACAUUGAUGCCGCACAGGCAGCAAUGCAGAGUCAUGGUCUAAAGGCAAAGUCUUCUAUUGAAGGGCCCCCGCCUCGUCAAAACGAAAUCCUCUUACGACAGACAAGUUUUCUCGCCCUUGAAGAGAAUAUUGCAUUCUCGGGCGGAUCCCAAGGUGGCAGCAAACAUAGGGCGCGAUUUGGAGAAAUUGAGCAGCGAGGAAUGGCUUUAACACCAAAGGGUCGCCAGAUGUAUGAUGAGCUUUUGGACCGCUUCAACCGUACCUGCGCACAGCUUCCUCCCCACGCGACCUGGGAGUGGAAGUCCGCCCUUCUGAGAACGUGCUUUGAGGGCUUCCCUGAUGACCUGGACACACUUCGACGCGAAAAACUGGCAUACUUCAGAUAUUAUGUGGUUGAAGGUCCUAGGAGGCCACAGAUUGUUACCGACAUAGAUUCCUUAGUACAGGCCGGUUGCGUGAGGUUCACACCUAUCACCUACGAGGAUUUCCUGCCGGCGAGUGCCGCGGGAAUCUUCCACUCGAACCUGAGUGCUGGCGGCGAGCAGCUUCAAUCCGGUUUAGCGGAUAAGGAGGGAUUCGAGAAGGCCCUCGGAAGCUCCGUCAAUGACGAGUUCUUGAUCUAUUCAAAGAUCGAACAGUCGUCUAUCGCGGCUUGUUUAGAUUGUUGA